UGAUUAUUACUGAACGCGCACCCCCUUUUCUGUUUACACAAUAAAAAACAAUUUUACUCUUGGCAUUGUUCAGUUCAGAAAAAUCGAAGAAACCCUAGCAGCUUACAGCGUCGUUAAUACCGCCGUCAAUUUCCACCACGGAAGAAAAAUCACACUUUGUACUCUGAAAAAUGGCGACUUAUGCUGCUAUAAAGCCAACAAAGGUAGGUUUGGAGGAGUCUCAGGAGCAGAUCCACAAGAUUAGGAUCACUCUCUCCUCUAAGCACGUCCAAAAUCUCGAGAAGGUUUGUGCUGACUUGGUUCGUGGUGCUAAGGACAAGCAUCUUAGGGUCAAGGGACCUGUCAGGAUGCCUACUAAGGUUCUUCACAUUACUACUAGGAAGACCCCUUGUGGUGAAGGUACCAACACUUGGGAUAGAUUUGAACUCCGUGUGCACAAGAGGGUCAUUGACCUUUACAGUUCCCCAGACGUUGUUAAGCAGAUUACCUCUAUCACCAUCGAACCUGGUGUCGAGGUUGAGGUGACCAUUGCAGACGCUUGAUCUUGAUCAGAGUUUUAACUUGUUAUGUUUUCUAGUUCCUAUUUCCUAUAUUUUUGUAGUUUCGGUUUUGGGACAAAGCUGGCUUGUUUUCGUUAGUUUUACAGUGGUGGACAUUGAUGAAUAGCUGAAGAAAUGUUAUGCUCAAUAUGCUUUAGAUUUCUAUCAAAUUAAAUUACUAUCUCUUGAUAAAACUGUCAACCAUAGCAUUAUGUAUUGCAUUAUAUGUAAAUCCUUUUGGAUAGCAGAAGAUAUUGUGAAAGAUGGAUACUUGAAGAACAGUCCAUAAUAAUUGUGGUUUUUAUGUUUCAAAA